GUUCUUGGUAACGGCCGCCGCCACCGCCGCCGCAAGGGAGCACCAAAAGCGAAGGCCCGAGCUCACAUUCGAAGACUGUCUGCUGUAACAAGCAGAAGUAUUUAGUAUAGAAGUAGCAGCAUAUCAAGUACUCACUCGAUAGUCCUGGCGACAAGCCUGCUUGCAGCGACUGAUGGGAUGAAUCCAUCUCCAAAUCCUUCGGGGCAACACGGGGAUCCCAGCUGGGUAACAGAUAACUGGGAUCACGCGGCCACGCCUCACAGCGGUGCGACUUAUCACCACCAAGGGGGAGCAGCAGCAGCUCGUCCCGAGUGGGACUGGGAAAGCCAGAUGCUACUCGUCCACCACCAAAAUCAUCCGGGAGGAGGAGCAGCUACAGCGGAGCUCGUCGGAGGAGCUGGAGAUGGAGAGCGCAAGCCUCAACUUUUAGCACUCCCGACAGCCACAGCUCUUUGCAACGCCAGGCAGUACAAUGUCGCUGCCAAUUACUCGGCCACUGCUCUCGCACACCACCACCACCCUGGCUUGUCCAUUGCUGCGAGCUACAGCGCUGGCCCGGGCCUGAGAAGCUACGCCGGGGGAUUGAGCGACGGAUACCAUCAGCAAAGCCAAAGUCACCACCAUCACCAAGCAGCACAAAACUUGCAGCAACAGCAACAGGCAACGGGAUUUUACGCUCACGGAUCAGCCUGUCCGCCGAGCGACCUCAAUGCGGAGCUCCGGUCCUACGACCAGCGGAGGAGAUUCUUGGGAAUGCAAAUGCUGGAGUCAGCGGAACACAAAAACAUGCUCGACUUUGUCAAGAGGGAAGACAUGUACUCGCUGGAGCCACACGCUAGGAUAGGACUCAAUCUGGGAGGACGGACGUACUUCUCGGCCGAGGACUCGGCUAGACUGGGGAAAAGGAGCCGCAUGAACGCUCUAGGGACUCAUGCGCCUAUGUGCCAAGUGCAAGGAUGUGCAGCGGACUUGAGCAAAGCCAAGCAUUACCACCGGCGGCACAAAGUCUGCGAGAUACACUCGAAAGCACCCAACGUAAUUGCCAAUGCACAGACUCAACGGUUUUGCCAGCAAUGCAGCAGGUUCCACCCCUUAUCAGAGUUUGACGACACGAAAAGAAGCUGUAGAAAGCGACUCGCCGACCAUAACCGUCGGCGGCGAAAGCCGCAGCACAGUGCCGUAGCCACCAUAUCCUCGGAGCCAUUUAAAUCCGAGGAACAAUCUACAAACAUACGCACAAUAAUCGAAGGCGACCACAAGCCAACAAUGCUGCUCCACCACAAAAGUAACUCCCCAACAGCAUCUCUCACGGACAGGGAUAGUCUCAGCUCAGGAGGAGCAAACAGGCUGCAAGGCCACCAGCAGCAGCAGUCCCCCAGCUUCGGGACAAUGGACGAGAAACUCGCGGCAGCGAGCAGCAGGAGCUCGUUAAUGCGCUCGGCCCAAGCCGGGCAGCAAGCAGCAACACCGCUUCCCAGCUCCGACGUACAAGCACUCGUACUUUCGGUGGUUUCACGGACACCAUCUUCCGCACAGAGUACCCGGCAAUCUCCAGGGACGCAAGAAUCCGUGUACCAGCAGUACCUGCAAGGCCCGAGCCUGUCGCUAUCGUCAGCCGGGAUAGGCAGCAGUGCUCACCAGCAAACCUCUCCGGUCGCCUCCUACAGCUCCUCAGCUAUGGUGGAGCAACAGCACCACCACUCGGUUCCAUGGCUGGCUCGACCUUUGCAAACUUUCACGCCGCCGCCACCGCCACCACCACCUAGCAGGGAAAGCAUCGAUCAGACCUCGAGCUUACAAAUGAACUCCAGCCCGCAGCAGCAGCAAUUCGUACUGGCGAGAUCCGAGCACCAACUGGGAAGGCUGGGCUUGAACCAAAGCAUGCAAAGCUCCGCGGCCUUGAAUCACCCAGGCACCCAGCACCAGCUGCUGGCGCUCAUCGAAAACAAUCCAAUCCACUCCAGCGGCAACAAUCCGGCUCACCCGCAGCAGCUCACCUCUUCUGUCGACGCAGACGUCAAGCCCGUCCUCGCCGCGGCGGCGCUCCACCAUCACCACCAUCACCGCGGCCACGGCCACUCGGAGAUCCAGCGAGCCCGAUCCUCCUCCUUCGGCUCCUCCUUCUACGACUCCAGCAGCGGGAUUGGAUGAUUGAUCCAUCGCAAGCAAGAACCCUAGGAAAGAAAAAAAAACCCUAAAACAGAGAAUUUGGCGGUAAAUUUCUCUUCAAAAGACUCGUACGGUAAACGGUCAAACGGCUCAAAAUCAUAAACAAAAGCUCUUCACGCUAUGAAAA